AUGGCGGGAACACGAGAAUUGAGAAACACAGGAAACAGAGAGAGGGGUGAGCCGGUGUGGUCCAGUGAUGAACUGGGCCAAAUGAUCAUGAUUUGGUCAUACCCACCAACGCGGAGGCAACUAGCUGUCACGAUUGGCUUGUUUCUCACCGGUGCUUCACUUUCAGUCUAUGGAGCCUACAUGUCCCUCGCCAACAUUGCCCCUCAACAAGCCCGAGCCAAGGCUCGUAGCGAUUAUGUCAAAGACCGCCUUCGAAAGAUGCUCGACGAUUAG